CAUUAACUCAGUUUUCAACAUUUUUAGACAAAAUAAAUUCCAAAAAAAAAGUGUACAAUUUUUGGAAAAUGUUUUAGGCCAAGAAACCGCGUUAUUGUAAGAAGGAGAAGUAAAAAAUGUCAACAACUACGCCGAAGUGCUUUCAGAAAGUGACACAUGUCAUCUUUGACAACGAUGGCACUCUAAUGGAUACGGAAAACUUGUACACGGAAGCGGUGCAAGAUGUGCUCAAGCCCUAUGGACAUACCUACACCUACGAGCUGAAAAUGCGCUGCAUGGGCAUGCUAGCGCCUAAGGCAGCCGAGAUGAUGGUCAAUGAGUUCAAUUUGCCGCUAACCGUGCCUGAGUACAUGGCCAAGUUUGAAGCCGAGGUCACUCGCCGGAUGUCCAAUGUGGCCCUCAUGCCCGGCGCGAGGGAACUGCUGCUGCAUCUGUUCGAAUUUCGUGUCCCAAUGGCAAUUGCCACCUCUUCCUUUCGCAAAACAUUUAAUCUGAAGGCUCGGCCCCAUUGCGAGCUGAUGCCCGUCUUUCGUCACAUCGUCUGCGGCGAUGAUCCGGAUCUGAAGGCCGGCAAGCCUGCGCCGGAUAUCUAUCUGCUGGCAGCAUCGCGCUUCAAGCCAACGCCACGGCCCGAGUGCUGUCUGGUGCUCGAGGAUUCGCCCGCCGGCAUGCGGGCGGGCUUAGAUGCGGGCAUGCAGGUGGUUUUGAUACCCGAUCCACGUGUUCCGGCCGAAAUCACCAAUGAUGCCACUCUAGUGCUGCGUUCCAUGGCCGAGUUCCAGCCGGAGCUCUUUGGCCUGCCAGAGUUUGACAAUAUCUCGAAAUUUACAUUUGGUUAGCUCUGUAAAUUUUAAAUAUGCCUGUAUAAAAUUAAAACAGUCAUUUUUAGGA